AAAAUUAUAUGUUUUUAUUAAUUUAUUAGUAACAGAUCAUAGAAGGAAAAAAUACAAAUUUCGAAUGAGAAUAGAGCUGUAUGCAACCUCAAACUGGUUAAUGAAAACCUAGACAGUUUCAAAGAUAAUGUUUCAAUACAAUCUUUCUAUAGUCAAGGUCUUGUCAGUUAAAUUCAGUUAGAAACCCAUCGACCUCAACAAAGCUGCUCACACCUGUGUAGUUCGUCACUGCCAAACCUGCGACACACACAGCAAAAAAAAAAAAAAAAGUGUUUCAAAGCGUAGCGAGUUUCCUGCACCGACCGCAUUUUGGGGCUUCAUAGGCGCCUUCCCAGUCAGCUGACGACACGAAUUGCUGUCUAUGUAGGCAGCUCGCUAGAGUUUGAAACGCGCCCACGCACUAAACUGCUGUGUGUCGUCUCGCAUUUGAUGAAACAUAUCUUCUUCACUUCCACUAGAGAGGAUAAGAACAUCAGGCUUCACUUUUAUGAGGUCUUUAUUUGAUUUUGUGCCUUUGUUUCUCUGACAUCAGUCGACAAGACUUUCUGUCAAACCCUCUUUCCUCAGAGGAAUGUAGUUUGGAGGGCGGAGACUCGCAACUCUGCAACAUAACAUUCUGCAUCCCCGUCCUGAAACGGUGAAAUAUGGACAAUGCCUUGAGAAAAAGCAUGAUCAUUCGGGCUCGUUCAGCUCUGUUCAUAUACGAGUACAGCACAAAGGGAGGAAUGGGAUUUGAGAUCACGGAGAGGAGGAUAUAGUCUGAAUUGUCUUUGGACUCGGGAUCUGUAGGUCUUACACACGACUUGUGUUCAUUGCUGUGUUAAUGCUGAUCGUUUUGUAACGAGGGUUGUUCGUUGUUGAAUCGUUGUGACGAGUGUCGUUUUCUACCUGGCUAGAAAACCAGCAGAUCGCUGCUCAUUUUACCCCCCGAAAUCUGCUCUCAUAUCGGGGCGGGACGUGAGGAUAAAAGUGUUGGGAGUUCAGCAUGAGGAAUAACGAGGAGACAGAGGGCUUUGAUGGCGAGGCCUCGAACACUUCGAUGAUUUCAGGGGCUAACAGUCCGUAUCAGCCGACCACCGAGCCCGUGCACUCCAGAAACGUCUUCAGAGGUGUCAGGUGUGACCCGGACUAUGUCAGAUCUCAAUUCGGUAUUUUAAAAGUUAUCGAAGUGGUGCUGGCUCUCAUCUCUUUCAUCUGCAUCGAGACCAUAAUGUCGUGCUCGCCCUGUGCCGGCAUCUACCUCUUUGAGUUUGUCAGCUGCAGUGCCUUCGUCGUUACAGGCGUCUUGCUCCUCAUCUUCAGUCUGAACCUGCACACCAAAGUGCCGCAUGUCAACUGGAGUCUAACAGAUCUAAUCAACACUGCCACCAGCACCUUAUUCUUCUUUCUGGCUUCAGUGGUUUUGGCAGCUUUCAACCAUAAAACUGGAGCAGAGAUUGCAGCUGUGAUAUUUGGGUUCCUUGUGAUGGGAGUGUAUGGUUUGAACACAUAUUUGGCUGUGCGAAGGUGGCGUCUCGGGGACUCGCGUGACGGAGCCCUGCCAACCAAUGAGUACAUUCGUGCCCGUACAGCCUCACGAGGAGAGGUGGAGUCACAGCCUGAGCUAGAGUAAAAGCCGUGAGCUAGAGUAAAAGCCAGUCGGACCAAUAAAAACGGAGACAGGUCAAGCCCCACCCACACAGUCUACAUUCCUCUAACAGUUUGAUCUUUCACAUCCUUAUAGUGGGAGUCUGAUGACUGGCCAAUUAUGAUAUUUAUGUACAUACAAACAAAUGCUUAUACUCUGUGUGGAGUGGAAUCUCAAGCCUCAGGCCAUCAUCAUUUGACUGAAUACUAAAAUACUGUAUAUUUCCUUUAAUUAAGGGCUUUGCCUUUAGGGAUGACAGAAAUUCACUCCACAGUGCUCCUAAACUUCUCCCAGUGGGGAGCCUGAGUGGUCUUAUGUUGUGUCCCAGCCAGGAUCAGCUGGUUUUAAUAAUGUCUGCACUAAGUUGGACAGAACCUUUCAGCCACCAUUUGAAAACACUUCUGUUUAACUCCAUUGCCAGCCUGAAAGGAACACUACUGUGUCAUAUCUUAGCAGUGAAAGAUAAACUGUAUGUUCUGAUUUUUGUGGAAAUUAAGUAUUGAAAAUUAAUUGAUGCUUAAAAGAAUAGUUCACCCAAAAACUAUCUAAUCAUUUACUCACCCUCAUGCCAUCCCAGAUGUUUAUGACUUACUUUCUUCUGCUGAAUACAAAGAUUUUAGGAAGAAUAUUUCAGCUCUGUAGGUUCAUACAAUGCAAGUGAAUGGUGGCCAGAACUUUGAAGCUCCAAAAAGCACAUAAAGGCAGUAUAAAAGUAAUCCAUACGACUACAGUGGAUUCAGAAAUGAUAUGUUAGGUGUGGGUGAGAAAUAGAACAUUAUUUAUAUCCUUUUUUACUAUAAAUCUCCAAUUUCACUUUUACAUCCACAUUCUUCUUCUGUUUUUUGGCGAUUCACAUUCUUCGCGCGUAUCGCAACCUACUGGUUGGGCUGGUGGAGAAUUAUAGUAAAAAAAGGACUUUAAAUAUUGAUCUGUUUCUCACCCACCGCUAUCAUAUCACUUUUGAAGACAUGGAUUAAUACACUGGAGUUGUAUGGAUUACUUUUAAGCUGCCUUUUUGUGCUUUUGUAGCUUCAAAGUUCUAGUCACCAUUCACUUGCAUUAAAUGAACCAACAGAGUUGAGGUAUUCUUCUAAAAAUCUUAAUUUGUGUACUGUAGAAGAAAGAAAGUCAUACACAUGUGGGAUGGCAUGAGAGUGAGUAGAUGAUGAGAGCAUUUUUAUUUUUGGGUGACCUAAUCCUUUAAUAGACUGAUUUAACCUUUCUUUUAAUGAUUUUGCGUAUUUUUGACUAAAAUGGAAUGGCAUUUGGUGGGCCUCUCUUUCUGGACAAUUUCAUGGUAUUUUAUUCUCAUGGAAAAGUGUUUUGUAAGCAACCAAUUAGGUUUUUCUCUCUGCCUUGAUCGUCCUGUAUCAAACACAUCUGAGUAAAAUGCCGUUAGAUUGUGCAGUUUUCUCUGUAGAGAAGGGGUCACUGGGAGCACCAGUAUUUAUUUUAAUGUUUUGUUUUUUUAAAUACCACUGCUUUGGUAGCUACGCUGUACCAAACAUAACAUUUCACCGCUGGAAUGUGACCCUGUAUUAAAACUCGCUGCAACAGCUUUCAAACAGGACAUGAUGGCAGUAUGUGUUUAUGUGUGUGGAGGACUGGAGUGUGUGAGUUUUAUGACUUGUUUGAAAUUUUGAUACUAAUCUUUGUAUACAACAAAUUUUUUGAUAUUUUCAGAGACUAAAUCCUGUGUGUGUAGUCUAUUGGUUGUUGUUGUUCGUGUCUUUGUGUUUGUUUGUAAUGAUUUCUAUACUCCACUGUGUACACCAGCUCUGUCCAGUUAUCUGUAUAUGUUGAUUUAACCAAGGAUAGAGUUUUGAUGAAGGUAUAUUUAUUAAGCAGCUGUGUGUAUGAUAUGAAAUUACUUUAAUGAAGGGUCCCUGUUUGUAUAAAUUCUUAUGACUUACAUUUAUAAACUGUAUUUUAAGGAAUGACUGUACUAAGUGUGCGAUAUAUGAUUGCAUUAGUUAAUAUUGUGUGCCUUAUGUCAUAGAGGCUAGACUAGUCCAAAUGCUCAAAAUACUGGACAAAAUGUCAUGUCAGCAUUAUCAGAAUACCUGUAUUAAAAUGUCAGUGGGUGAAAUUCUGAUCCCUAGUACGAUGUUUUAGAACAUUUAUUUUUAAUCAGAAAUCAGUGAACCAAUUUUAUGGUCUAGUGCAAUUGCACAUGGUUUUAUUCUUGAAGUAACUUUGAUUAAAAUCAUUCCUCAUAUUAUUCAUAGUCUACCUUUGUGUCUUACUCAAGUUUUUAAUUGAAGUCACUGUUACUUAUUAGCAUGAGACCAACAUUGAAAUGAAAUAAUUUUGAACCCUGGACUCAUCACAUUAUGUGGAAUUUUCUAGAAAGACUGUGUGGGUUUGAAGAUGUUGAAUCACAAGAAUAAUUUAUGUCUUAAUGAAGGACUCUGCGGUACAGUGUUCAUUUUUCCGAUAUUGACAGCAAUACUGUGUGUUAUGCUUUAAUAAUGUGUAACAGCUUUAACUGUGCUUUGACAAUAGAUGCUAAAUUUCUCACUAGAAGAUUUUAGCAUCAAACUAAUUCCUGAUUUUGACCAUAUGGUUUGGACUGUGUAUUUUCAGCUUACAAAUCAUAUUACUCAGUUUUAGAUAUUUGAAGUAUACCAUUGAUAAUAUAUAUAUAUAUUUCAAAAUGAACUGUUGACAUUUUAAGGGACUCAAAAGUUUGAUAAAGUUUGUACUGUGUGAUUACAAUUGAUGACUGUUUUGUUUCUUGCUGACUUUUCCUUUAUUAUAGAAAGCAAAGUUUUACUUCAUUGUAACAGUGCUCUAAAUUUGUAUAUUUGUAUUUAUAGAGUUGUGUGUAGACAUGAAAAAUGCUAAUUAUUUGUGAUGGCAAUCUUUUCCUCCCAAUAAACGGAUCUGGAUAGACCAUGUUGAAUAAGUGACAAAAGUCUUGCUGCUUUGGCACCCACUGCAUUUAGAUUUAGAUUCACUCAAGGAAAUGCACCAUAUAUGUUGUCACUAUAAAAAAAAAUAAAUAAAAAAAACUAUAUGUUGAUUCUGACAUUGUAUAAUGUCAGAAUUUACAAAAUUACAAUGUCAUUAUUUGUUAAAAAAUAAACAUUAAGACCAUGGUGUACAAAAGA